UCGCGCACGGCACGCAUGCGGCGCCCACAAGUGAAUUUCGGCCUUAAUCUAGGGUAAAGUCAUAACACGGCCUGUGACUGUGGUCUGACAUCUGCCUGAUUUUGGGGGUUUGGUCGUGAUCAUUGGCUAAAUGGACCCAGAGACAGAGUCUUGCCCCUUGCCUUAAUUAGUCUGCAUGGAGCUGAGUCGAGUUAGACUUCGUCUUAAUGCCACGGCUCUUGCUUGCACUGCAGUAGACAUAAAUAACCAUCUGGCAUGGGUCGAUCAUUCUUUUUAAUACAACUGACAUUUGUCUGUAGAUCUAUACGGAGGUCUAGUGGAGCCAGACGUAGUCUUGGUGGAACAACCAACAAUAUAGAGAGACUGAAGCUUUUGGUCUAGCACUGCAGUUGCAUCUUGGACUUGAUUAAUUCUGACUCUGUCAUCAAUCCAAGAUGCGUACCAAGCCAAAGAGAAAUUAUCUAGUCCAAGACGUGCUUGACAUUGGAGAGAGGUUCUUCCAAUAUCUCGGAAGUACAGGUCACCAAGAGGUCACGGAGAAGGAAGCUUUACGUGACCUCUAUUAUGAUGAAUUCAAGCCUUCCCUCCAAGGGCAAGGUGUUAAAGCCUUUGGAUUUUCCAAGUUGUUGUGGUGCUUGAAACGCAACAAGAGGAUACGUGUAAAGAACGGUCAUGUGUUCCCUCAGAAGGCCUAUGACUCUGUGGCGUUAGACCAGUAUAGGACCAUUAGGAGGUCCGAGGAGGCUUUUGACGGUCAGGGGUCACCAGCAAGGGCAGCAGGCAAUGGAGAAAGGUGGUCCGCUCAGCGCAAACGUUACCCUUGCCUCUGUGAGGUUUGCGGAGUGAUUGUCAACUCUGAGGUCUCCUACAGGGAGUACAUCAGAGGGAAUCGCCAUCGGGUCAACAUGCUGAAGAAGGACAUCAACUCAAAGAGGGAUGACCUAGUUGAAACCAAGAAUGGAGUAUCAAUCACGACACAAUAUGAUGAUGGCAAGGGAAAUGUAACAACUCAGAUGCAGAGGGACAUUACUAAGGAAGUGAACUUCAAGAUCAAGUCAAUCAGUGACAGGGAGGUAGCUCUCAUAUCUAUAGCUCUACUUCAACCUCGCCCUGAGUUCAGGGUCAAAGAUGAACAUAAUGUGUUUGACGGGAUCAAUACAUUCAAGAUGCCUGCGGGAUCUGAAUACACAGUGCAGCUGUCAUGUAGCAAUGCCUCUAAUCUGGGAAGACUUGCUAGCCCUGUUGCCUUUGCUUUUCGUCUAGAAGAUACCAGAGAGAUUUUCAAGAUCUUGCGGUUUGUUUCUGUGUUUGUUGUGAGUGAUGUCAACGAAGAUCUCCCACCUUCCAAACCGUACACCAAUCCUCCAAGGUUUGCUGCAAAGAUGAAGAGAGGAGAGAUCGUAAACGGAAUCGAACUCUCAGGUUGGGGAGAAAAUCCACUGAAGGGUAUUCCUCUUGAAUUUUUUGAUGUUCCGAGGGACCUUCAGCACACAGUAAACAGCAACAAGAACCUUCCCCAACUCAGGGAUCAACUGAAACAGCCUCUAACAGUAGACAACCAUCGAGAGAAGUUCCACAAGCUCCUGUACAUAGAGGAGUUACAGAUGCAGGUUGAUAUCAGACGAUAUGAUAAGAUGGGUCAGACACUGGCCAAGGACAAACAACCCACCAUGCUGAGACUUCAUGUACCUGGUCUUGCCGAGAAUCGACCGUCAGUUCUCAGAGGAGAUCAUCUGUUUGCUAGGUUCAGCGACAAGUCUGAUAAUAAGAGCUACAAGGGCUACGUGCACAGGGUAGAACAGGAGGAUCUGGUCCUGGGAUUUCAUGCAGACUUCAGGAGCAAGUACAUCACAGGUAGGAAGGUUGACAUUGAGUUCACCUUCACCCGAUUCCCCAUACGUAAUGAGCAUCAAGCCGUAGAGACGGCCACAGUAAAGGGCAGGCUUAGUGAUGCGCUCUUUCCAGGGACGGGGAGUCAAGUCGGGAGUAAAGGCCAGCUUUCAAAGAUUCCAGAACUACAGGCUUUCAAGAGGACCCUCUUUGAUCAGAAGUUGUCUGAAAACAUGGAACAAGUCCAGGCUGUUCACCAGAUUGUGACAGGAACCGCUAGACCAGCUCCGUACCUGGUCUUUGGACCUCCCGGCACAGGGAAGACUGUAACCAUCGUGGAGGCUGCAAAGCAGGUUUACAAGUUGUUGCCCGAGAGCAGAGUUCUUGUUAGUGCGCCCUCUGACAGUGCAGCUGAUUUAGUUGCUGUUUGUCUGCUCGAUACAGUCACACCCAUUGCUACGACACACCUUAUGAGAAUGUAUGCUCCCAGCAGACCUCUCAUCGCCCUCGAUCGUGUUCUCAAGGAGAAGAAGUGUUGUAACCUUGGAGCGGAUGAUCUCUACAUACCAUCUAAACAGGAGAUCCUGGAAAAGAGAGUUGUGGUCACAACCCUCGUUAAUUCAGGAAGGCUGGCACUGGCCCAGUUUCCAGAGAAUUUCUUCACCCAUGUAUUCAUUGAUGAGGCAGGUCAUGCCACCGAGCCAGAAGCCCUGAUUGCUUUGGCUGGACUGAUAAACCUUGAUAACCCUAAAGGAGGCCAGAUCAUCUUGGCUGGUGACCCCAAACAGCUUGGACCUGUGCUCAGGUCACCAUUGGCCAUUGAGAAUGGUCUAGUCCUAUCGUUCCUUGAGAGGCUGAUGACGCACUGCAAAGCCUACAGCCGGAAGGCAGAUGCAGGGGCUUCCGAAGCACACUAUGAUCAGAGGAUCUUGACCAAGCUACUGCAGAACUACCGCUCUCACCCGGACAUCCUCAAGCUGCCCAACCAGAUGUUCUACGACCAGGAGCUCAAGGUACAUGCCGAUGAGCUGGUCAGAGAAUCGUUCUGCAGAUGGGAUCAACUGCCAAAACAGGGUUUCCCAAUCAUCUUCCACGGAGUCGAGGGUCAGGAUGAGAGAGAGGAACAGAGUCCAUCUUUCUUCAACAAGUCCGAGAUUGAGAUUGUAGUGGAUUAUGUGAAGAAGGUGAUGGAUAAGAGAGGUGGACAGAAGAUCAAACAAGAGGACAUUGGUGUUAUCUCACCAUACAGGAAACAGGUUCAGAAGUUACGUCGGGUUCUGGAGAAGCGUCGCUACAGCAACAUCAAGGUCGGGUCGGUAGAGGAGUUCCAAGGUCAGGAGAGGACGGUGAUCAUCAUCUCCACCGUCCGUAGCACCAAGGCGGAGUACAUUGAGAUGGAUAUAGACUUUAAACUCGGCUUCUUGAAGAAUCCCAAGAGGUUCAAUGUGGCAGUGACCAGAGCCAAAGCCCUUCUGAUCAUAGUAGGAAACCCUUUCAUGCUCAGCAAAGAUGAACACUGGAACCCAAUGUUGGAGUUCUGCAUCCAGAAAGGAGGCUACACAGGAUGUGCUUACAGUUCAGAGGAGAGUGAUAUGGACUCCCUCGUUUAACUCUUGCAGAAGGCUCAUCUGGGAACUGUACCUACAGUGGAAGAAGUGGAAGAGCAGCUUGGAUUCAGUCAAGUUGCUCAGCAGAAUGACCCCGAAUGGAGAGGUGAAGACUAGGUCAAGAGGUCAUCUCCAUAACAACCAACAAGCCAAAGAAUGAUUAGCCAUUUACUGGUAGAAUAGUGAGAGUCGAAUGCAGCUGUUUAGUGAGACAGCUAUGUUAAAAUCAUCAGUGUUGUUGGUAGACCCGGCAAACAGGACGAGAGAUGAGCAAGACAGUAACAUUGAAGAGACAGAUGUGUAGAAACUAUGUAGAACAGUAAUUCAUACAUCUUGUACCGAGACUCCAGAGAAUGGUUCAUCAUGCAUAAGGAUGAGCAGGUAGAGUAGUAGGAAUAAUAAUAAUAAUAAUAAGGCAGCUGUUUUUUAUAUUGUCAAUAGCAUCUUUUCAAUGUAAUUAUACAUACCAAACAGGCACAAAGGGUGGGCAGGGAGAUAAUAAUAAUAAUAAUAAUAAUAAUGUUCAGCUUUUAUAUAGAGAUAGAGUUAGAGUUAAAUGAUCAUUUCUGCAAUAAUUAAAAACUUUGGUAGAACAAAAAAUUGUAUACCGAAGAUCAUGAAGAUCAUGAAGAUCAUAGCUGAAUAAUAGGAUGAAUUGUCAUGAUGCGAGUGCAUAUUUAGAAAUGACCACCCUGGUAUGGACAGCUCUGCAAUGAAGAUAGGGCAUUGGAACCAGAUAUAGUCUCAUCGGAUCAAUGUCUGAUAUAAGAGAAUGAUCUAUUGGUCGAGCGAAUGAAAAAAAAACAAAAAAACUUUUGUUCAGACAAUGAUAAUUUUACAUCUGGAUAUACUUGUACAAGUUAAAUAGUAAUGGUUAACCAAUAUAUUUGAUACUUUGUGUAGACAGUAGUAUAUCCAUUGGUACAACUUUCAUGUGAAUGUUGUACAAGUACAUAUAUAUAUACUAUCAGACAUAUAUCUCAUUUCAUUUCAUACGUAUUAACUUGUGCAUGUACCGGUACACAUGCCCACAAAGUUGGACAUUUUCAUGUUUUUGAGAUAAGAUCCAUAAUAGUGUUGGUAGUUGAAGGGUGUAUGUGAACUAAAUCUUUGAAUUCACUAGUGCCUCUUUUCAUGAUAUUGUAAUUCAUACAUUUGUUGCAUGACCAGUAUAUUCCAUUUGAGAUACUUGCCAGAAGAAUGUGCAGUUGAAUAAUGUAUUUCUUAAAAUGUUACAUAAUCUUUUGAUGUGGAAUCUUUUUAAUUCAUACACAUUUUUUUACAAUUUUAGUCUGCAAAUAAGAAUCAGAUUUAUUAACAUUCCAUGACAUUUUUGCUUUUGAUGAUAAUAUUUCGUGCCAUGUACAAGUCGUAUUCUCUUUUUUAAUCCGCAUGCAAAAUGUAAUAGCUGAAAAGUGAACUGUAAUUUAUGUCUUUUAACCCUAAGUGAUAAAGAUGUAAAGAAAAAAAAUGCAUGCAAUUUUAAUAAAUUGUCUAUAAUAAUAUUAAAAUGUUUAAUAUCAGAAUGAUUCUUGUAAUUUUUAAAAUAAAUUUGAUCAAUUUGGUCGAGGGCUCAGCUACCCUGUGCUCUAUGCGGCAUGUCAUUUCUCUCUCGGAUAUGAUUUACGACAGUCAUAUUUGUGCAAAUUUUAUUUUGAAUCUCAAGAAACUUAGAAAAUAUGGUUGUGUACUGUGCCAUAGUCUGUUUACUUUUAAGUUAUGAAUAUAAGAUGCAAUUUGUUUACACCAUUUUGUUUCCUUCGUAGGUUCUUGCUUGUUUUCUUGUGGUUUUAAUUCUUCAAUAAUAUUUGUAUCUGUAAUAUUUGUUUUUUAAUGUCACAAUGAUUCCUUUGUAUAUCGAAGAUGUCAUGUAAUAGGUUCUUCAAAUUGAUAAGAAUUACCUGUUUUGCAAUAGGAAUCUAUUGAAAGUUAGUUACUUGUAGAUUGUCCACAGGCAAGUACAUGUACUGUCUGAAAUUAAAGAAAAAUUUAAGGGAUAAUGCAAGUCUAAUUUUAUUUGACUUUGAAACUUGGAUUUUGUUAGGUUUUUCUUUUAUAAAAACAAACCGCGAUAUUAAUAGUAUGAAGAAAUCUUUAUAUCUAAUUUUGUGAAUAUUCUGUAAGAUCAGAAACAUUAGUUACCGUACCCAUGUUUAUAUGAUAAAGCAACCUAGCUAUUUGAGGUGCAAAUUUGUGUGAAAAGAAAAAAACUGUAUAUGUGACUAUCGAUCAAAAUACAUUGGUAAACCUGUAUGUCAGAAAA